AUGACUAAACGAUCAUCUAACGACUUGCGAACGGAGGGGGAGGACACAGCGGGCGGUGCCAUGGUGGAUGGUCAGAGUGGAAGGGAAGCAGCAGAGGCCAGCCCGAGGAAACGUGCGAGGAGUGGGGAGCAGAGAGAGGCGGCGGCUCGGAGAGACCAUGCAAAUCCCAUGGGAGAGAUGCCUUCAAGCGACGUGAACGGAUGGAAGGAGACGAAGGAGGAGAGCGAGGAGGAAGACGAUGAACUGGACGAGGAUGAGAAGCUGGAGGAAACGAUCUUGCAGCUCUCUGCUUACAUCACUGUCGUCGCCUCCCACCUGCUUUCCAACAGCUGA